GGGACGGAAGUGGGGGCGUCGCGGGUGGCCCCGGCUCGCGCCCGCAGCGGCCGGUGGACUUGUUGCUGUAGCUCCCGCCCGCGAGCGACGCUCUCCCCCUUCCCUCCUCACCCCUGUUGGUCUCGUCCCGUGCGGGCCAUAGCGACGGCGGGCGCGCUGAGGGAAGAUGGCGGCUCCGGCCUCUGCAGCGCUGCCGGCUCCGUGAGCGCGGCGCUCGUUCCUUUCCCGCUUCCCCUCCUCGCUCCUGCACCCCGUCCCUCCCGGCUGCCCUCCGCCUCUUCUCCUUCCCCGCCGGGGGCGUAGGGACCAUGUCGGACUCGGAGGAGGAGGAGAGUCCGGACCGCCAGCUCAAGCUAGUGGUGCUGGGGGACGGCACCACUGGCAAGACAUCCUUAGCCACACGUUUCGCCCAAGAAAUAUUUGGAAAACAGUACAAACAAACCAUAGGACUGGACUUCUUCUUGAAAAGGAUAAUAUUGCCAGGAAAUUUGAACGUUACUCUUCAAGUGUGGGAUGUAGGGGGGCAAACGAUAGGAGGCAAAAUGCUGGAUAAAUAUAUUUAUGGAGCUCAGGGUAUUCUCUUGGUUUAUGAUAUUACCAACGGCCAGAGUUUUGAAAAUUUAGAAGAUUGGUAUAAUGUGGUAAAAAAAGUGAAUGAAGAAUCAGAAAUACAGCCACUUGUGGCCUUGGUUGGAAAUAAAAUUGACUUGGAGCAUAUGCGCACAGUGAAAGUUGACAAGCACCAGCGAUUUUGUCAGGAAAACAAUUUCAGUAGCCAUUUCGUGUCGGCCAAGACAGGAGAUUCUGUCUUCCUGUGUUUUCAGAGAAUUGCUGCUGACAUACUUGGCAUCAAAUUAAACAAAGCAGAAUUGGAACAAUCACAGAGGGUGGUGAAGGCAGAUAUUGUCAACUACAGUCAGGAGCCUGUGACAAGAACCGUUAAUCCUCCUAGAAGCUCAAUGUGUGCAGUUCAAUGACCAUGCUAUUCUUCUUUGUUUUGAUACCUUUGGCGGUCCUCCUACCUUGACACAGGCUCUGGGAUUACCAGGAACUUUGUUUUAACAGUGACCAUCCCAACAAUGCAAUUAAAGGUUUCAAAAACUUGUUGCACCAUUCUACGUUAAGAAGCAGCAGGCAGUUUUUUGACUGGCUGAAAUUCAAACGUGAGACCACACACUUUGAAAAAUUAAGAUCUAUAUUCUUUUAAAUUAUAUUUAAAUAAAGCAGUAUAACAGUGUUUAUAUGUUUCCUCCUAUCUAUGUGACUGAUACCAAAAUAAAAAUGGAUGAAGAAGUCAUGCAUUCAAAAUAGUUUU